CCGGCUGAAGGGGGUGGGGUCGAGCUCCAAGUUCAGGCGCGAGAGCGCGCGCGCGCGGGUGAACUCGGGAUUUCAAGGUACCUCAUUGACUACAUCUGUUGAAGUCAAAUGGGGAGUUAAGGGGGGGGGGUGGAGGAAAUAGUGGUAAGCCCAGAAAAGGCAUGGCACGUCCAGUUCUCCAAGUUUUUGUAAGAGAAGAGUGGGAAAGCGCCGCCACCCCGACUCUUCAGCUGAGGAGCCGUGGAGUCUCCCAGCCCCACCCCUGCAGCAGUGAUGCAUAGAGGACAAAUCGCCGACGUAGAGAGGAGGAAAAAAAAAAAAAGAAGAAGAAAGAAAGAAACCCCCGGGAGUGGGGAGGAGAGAGGGGGGAGAAUAGGCACGGAGCAGUCUCCAAUCACUGGGACGAGAAGGAGCGCCUUCCGGGGAAACGAACCCCGCAUAAAUAAUUGAGUUUGGAGCCCAGUGCUUUCGGAGGCUCAGAGCGCCCCUCCUCAGCGUCUUCCGAGUUGAGGAAAAACAGCGCAGCGAAAGGGGCCGGCGACGGGACCGAGAGCAGCUCAGGUGGCGGUGGGACGCUGUGCCUGCAAACGUUCGCAAGAGGGACAGCAGAGCCCAGCGAGCCCCGAGGGCAAGGAGCCCUCGCCAGCGGAGGUGGGAAGAGAGCUGCCUCCGUGGAGGCUGAGGAGGCGCUGCAUGGGCAGCAUGCGUAUCUCCGGAGGCCCCGCCGCGGUGUCCGCGGACAACUCCAGCCAGUGGUGGCCUCUGUCCGCCGGUGGUGCCAACGGUAGCGGGGAAGCGGAGGCGCUCGGGGAAGGCCGCAGCCCACCGGGGGACGUGCGCGACGAGGAGCUGGCCAAGGCGGAGAUCGCCGUGCUGGCUGUGACUUUCGUGGUGGCCGUGCUAGGUAACAGCAGCGUGUUGGUGGCGCUGCACCGCACGCCUCGCAAGACGUCCCGCAUGCACCUUUUCAUCCGUCACCUCAGCCUAGCCGACCUGGCUGUCGCUUUCUUCCAGGUGCUGCCGCAGAUGUGCUGGGAUAUCACCUACCGUUUCCGCGGACCCGACGUACUGUGCCGCGUGGUGAAGCAUCUGCAGGUGUUUGGCAUGUUCGUAUCGCCUUACAUGCUGGUGGUCAUGACCGCCGACCGCUACAUUGCCGUGUGCCACCCGCUGAAGACGCUGCAACAGCCAACGCGCCGCUCGCGCCUCAUGAUCGCUGCUGCCUGGGUGCUGAGCUUCGUGCUUAGCACGCCGCAGUACUUCGUCUUCUCCAUGGUCGAGGUGGACAACGUCACCAAGGCCGUUGACUGCUGGGCCACCUUCAUUCAGCCCUGGGGUCCCCGCGCCUAUGUGACUUGGAUGACGGGAGGCAUCUUCGUGGCGCCGGUGGUCAUCCUGGGCACCUGCUAUGGCUUCAUCUGCUACCACAUCUGGCGCAAUGUCCGCGGAAAGACGGCUUUGCGACCGGGGAAGUGCGCGGAGGGCGCGCGUGGCGCCUUCCAUAAGGGGUUCCUGCUGGCGCCGUGUAUCAGCAGCGUGAAAAACAUUUCCCGCGCCAAGAUCCGCACCGUGAAGAUGACUUUUGUGAUCGUGACAGUUUACAUCGUUUGCUGGGCGCCUUUCUUCAUCCUCCAGAUGUGGUCUGUCUGGGAUGACAAACUUGUCUGGGUCGAAUCGGAAAACCCAGCUGUCACCAUCACGGCAUUACUGGCUUCCUUGAACAGUUGCUGUAAUCCCUGGAUCUACAUGUUUUUCAGUGGCCACCUCCUGCAGGACUGUGUCCAGAGUUUCCCGUGCUGCCAAAGCAUGAAGCAAACAUUCAACAAAGAAGAUUCUGACAGUGUGAGCAGAAGACAGACUUCUUAUACUAACAACCGAAGCCCGACCAACAGUAUGGGUACAUGGAAGGACUCACCUAAAUUUUCCAAGUCCGUCAAAUUCAUUCCUGUUUCCACCUGAGCCCACAUUCAUGCAGCCUGACUCUUGUUAUGGACUUUUGGGUCCACUGGCUGAAUCCAGCUAGAAAUCAGGAGAACAAAUGAACUUAUAAGUGAUAAGUGUAAAUCGAUUUGUUGAGGACAAGACUGUGUUUCUAGUUGCAUUUUCACAUUGCUAUGACCAAAAGUUAUGAAUUGUUUUAUAUGGGAUGCUAAUUUAGAAAACAAAAACAAACAAACAAAAAACCAUGCUACAGUAAAAUUUGCAGGCCUAAUUCCCAGACAUAGAAUCGAAGUUAAAUUUCUAAAGGAAAAGUCAUAACCACCCUGGCUUUACAUUCUGUUGGUGGUUUCCUUUCUUUUCUUUUAUUACAGACAUAACUAAGGCUUGCUUGAUCGGUUUAGAAGUCAUACAAUGUAGGGGCAUUAUUUCUGAACAAAGUGAACUCAUCAUUAGUCUUAGUGUUUGAAAGGAAUUAGAAGAAACUUCAGAGAACUUGCUUUCAUCCAAUAAGAGUCAGUUUAUGCAUCUGAAAAUGCAGCCUCACACGAUGGCCUGGAGAUGGGAAGGUGCCCCGGACAAGGCAUGAUUCUGUAAAUCACCUAAAUUUCAAAAUGGUAACAUUAGAACUGGCAGUUCCCUCCUUGUUUUAGGUUCCUCAUGUUUUAUAAAGUUGUAGAAAGCACAAUUAUUAAAAUGCUGAAGGUUAGAAAAAAUAUUGUCAAAUGGCCAAUAAAAUCUUUUUCCUCCCGCUGCAAGGCCAUUUUAAAGUCAGAUUUGUAUAAGGAAUAUCUGAUUUUAUGAGAAGAGUAGAAAUGGAUUAUCCAAAGUACUACACAGACUUUCUCUAGAACAUUGUAAAUAUGUUUGCCCAGUGUUAUAAGAUAUCCUGUGUUAUGCUAGUUCAUGUGUGGGGUUGUUCAGAUUAUUAUUUCAUGUUUGGGGUGUCCAGAUUUAUAAAUAAGAGAAUCUUCUGAAGAGUGACUCAGGAUUGGGGCGCCUGGGUGGCCCAGUCGGUUAAGCGUCUGACUCUCGGUUUCCGCUGGAGUCAUGAUCUCAGGGUCCUAAGAUCGAGCCCUGCAUGGGGCUCCACACUCAGUGGAGAAUCUGCUUGUCCCCCUCUCUCUACUACCCACCCCACUUUUGCUCUCUCGAAUAAAUUUUUUUUAAAAAAUCUUAAAAAUAUGGUGACAGGAUAUAGAAAGUCCCCUCGUGCUUAAUUAAAAAUAAUUUGGUCUUUCCUUCCGGUCUCCCACCCAUCUAACAGUUACAUAGCAGAGGAGAGGCAUGGUUGGUGGAUGGGGGUGGGAUAGUGGAGGAAAAAAACUGUUGGGCACCUAGUAUGGUUUCCCUUGCUAUUCAAUGCACGUCUUUGGCAAAUUACUUAAAGACACAUAAAGCCUUCAUUUCCUUGGCUGUACAGUGAGGUUGAUAACACCUCACAGGGCUGUAGUGAGAGCCAAAUGAAGUCAAGGGUGUGAAAAGAUCUUCACGAUCCGUCGAGUGCUCUACGAACGUGCCAGUUGCUUUUAUUAUAGUCGUCGUGUCUUCAGAAUUGCAGAGCGUUUUCCUGUUUACUUUCCAUUAACCAAAAUUCGUUGGUUUCAUGUCUGGGAUAUGAAAUCCUAAAAUUUAAAUAUAGCUCUGCUGAUUCAUUGGAAAGCACUGCCAGCGGCCACGAAGCCUGACUCCUGCCUAACCAGAGUUUUCCAUUUUAAAGAUAGAACUUGCUUUCCUUUAAAUGCAGGUAAAUCAGAGCCAGCCGAGAGCAUCAGUUUCUUUCAUUUCUAAACAGAGAGAAAUUACAGCCCUACUUGGCUGUUCCGACUGCAUUUUUCAUUAAUGGAACCCAGUGGUUUUUUUCCGAGCUUUUUUGGCUGGCUCCUUCUCCUUAGAGAUCCUACAAUAAUUUGAGGAUACAUCAUAAAUGUCUUGCAUCCCUUAGAGGAAGCAAUAGUUAUUUUAACAGCAUUAUUGUAGCUUUUUGUUUUGUUUUGUUUUGUUUUGUUUUUAACUUUGUAGAUAAGAAGCUGAGGACUGCAUGGCACCGUGAGAACAUGGAAGCUUCGAUUUCACUCCUCUUCAUUCUUUUGCCUUUCCAAAUUCUCAGGCUUGCCCUGGAUGGACAUGCCUUAAAAAAGUUCACAAAUGUUUUAUAGAAAUUAAGCCCGUAGAUUUUAGAAUCCUGCUUUUUAAAAAUAGCCGAUAUAUCUCUUAAAGGGCACUGUAUGCAUGGCACAAUGUGAGCCACCAAUUAAAUGAAUCAGUUCUUCAUUAUUUGGGUCAUAGUAGCAUCUCAGGAACCCUGCCCUUGUGACUCUGUCAGCCCUUAUGACAACUUCUCUUCAACAGUUCAAAACUAAAGCCCUUUUGGUUGUUACAAAGAUAAGCCCAUCCAGUUCCAAAAUAAUAACCUCACGGUUUUUGCACAGAUUGUUUUGAAAUGUUGACAUGUACCUCCAGGCGAAACAAUUCUGCUUGAAUCUUAUUUCUAGGAACAUCUCUCAAAUAAGGUGCAUAUCAACCUACCCAGCUCUGUUCCCUCCUCUUAAAUGCAUCAGGAGACAAGAUAACACAAAAGAGUAGGGGGAAACACCAGAAGAUCCAAGUGCUGGUUCUGCACUAGGCAAGUAGACAGUUUUAUUCUCUGUGAUUUAGGCUGAGAAGCUUAAUUUAGCUAGUUGCUAAACAUCCUUGAUGUUAGGCACCCGGAAAUGGCAUUCAUAUGUCUCAAAACGAUAUCCCAAAUUGGAAGAGUCCUGCCUAUCUAUUUCAGAAGAAAGGAAACUGCAGGUGGUAAAGAAGAAGAGUGUGUUGGGGCGCCUGGGUGGCAGAGCGGUUGGGCGUCUGCCUUUGGCUCAGGGCAUGAUCCCGGCGUUCUGGGAUCGAGCCCCACAUCAGGCUCCUCUGCUUUGAGCCUGCUUCUUCCUCUCCCGCUCCCCCUGCUUGUGUUCCUUCUCUCGCUGGCUGUCUAUCUCUGUCAAAAUAAAUAAAUAAAAUCUUUAAAAAGAAAAAAAAAGAAAAGAAGAAGAGUGUGCUAGGGAGGAAAGAUUCCCCUUUCUUGAAAGAGAAGACCUGAGAUACUAUGCCCAGUGAAGGUCUGCAAUCAAGGAUAAAUGUGUUAUAUCACCUUAUUUUAUUUUGUGGAGUUAUAUGUGUAAACGCCCUGCAAAUACACAAUAUUACUGCAUCUGUGUGGGUAUGGGGACUGUAGCUAAUAAACAAUCCACCGGCAGGGAGAAACUCGUAGUGUCGGCUAUUGGGCACUUGAUAAACAUUCAUUGUUGAUGAAAAAGGAACAUUUUGAAGUAUGUAUUAAGUGACUAAUGGAUUAACUUGGAACAGUAUUUUUAAAGUGUAAAAAUAACUGUGAAGGAAAUCAGUGAAAUUCUUUGGUUAAAUAUAUACUCGCCCUACAUACAGAAUUUCCAUCAACAUCAAAGGAGUCUUAUACCAUAAAUGAGGGAAGGGUGUGGUUUUUAAAAGGGGAAAAAAGAAUCAAGCAAGCUUAAUAACAUCCAGUAUCCUCCUAAAAUCACUACGUUCCUAGAAUGGACAUCAAACACAACUUUAAACUGUAAUCACGAAAGUAAAGUAAUACAAUUAGGUUAAAGUUUGAAGUUUUUCAGGCUCAAACACCUGCAUUUUUUUAAUGCAAUUUGAUCCUUGAAGCUUUAAAUUAUAGCUUCAUUGUUUCAUUUUAACCCUAAGGCAUAAUUAGAGCCAUCGAGGAAGAAGUUGAGCCAAUCCUUCACCCCAAAUAUCAGAGAUUAGGCUCCUUUAAAACCCAAGUCAACUGGGCCUUCAUAGGUUUUCAUACUGGAGGCCACAGCUGUAUUUAGAGUAAGCCCAGGACAGAGCCAUCUGGGAGGUACAGAAGCAGCCACUGUAUCUCUGUCCUCUCCUCCCUCCCUGUGGUCCUUUUAGUACCACUCAGUGUCAUUUGCCAACACUGGUAAUCACGAGUAAUACAGGACAAUAAAUAUGAGAGAACGAACCUUUAUUAUAACUUGACCUCAGCCAAUUGGAGCAAAAAUCCAAAGCCUAUUUAUAAGAAGAGGUCUUUCCUUUGAGUCCCCAAGACAGACUCAAUAGAUUGAGUCACACAAAUUAUGUGAUCCCACUGCAUAUGUAAGAAUAUUAUUCUAACUCAAUUUUUAAGCACAUUAAAUUAUCAUGAACGAAAAAAUAUAUAUGGCCCAUAGUCUGUCAGCAUCAAAAAUGUAUAUGAAGGCCAAAAAUUAAGUGCCGUUCUUUUUUCUUGUUUUAUUAUGCAUAUAUUUAUAUCAUGUCUUUUUUACAUUGAUUUGUAUUCUAAAUAAAAACAAAAUGUUAUGGAGUGAAUUAAAUAUUUUUAUGUUCCAAAUUUGAGAAUAAAUCUGAUAGUAAUAUCAGAAUAAUUGGUAAUUAUUAUUAAUGCAAAACAAUUAUAUAUAUUACAUAUUAUUAAUAUAAAAUAAUCAUUAUUAUAACAAAUUUACUAAGAGUUAAUGUUGUAUUCCAUUUUGGGAAUUUUCAAAUGUUCUAUAUCCCCUAGUUUAUUAUGAUAUAUGGAAGAGUUUUAAUGUGUUUUCUUGAGGUAAUUGUGUGGUUCUGGUUUUGAGGGAUGUUGAAAUGGUUUGUGAUUGUAUCUAACAGUCCUUUACAGGAAAAAAAAUGGCGUGUCAUAUUACGUUGAAAUAACGUGUAUUUAUUCCCCACUUUUACUGCGUAUUGGCUUGAUUCUAUAAAUAAAAAUAUCAAAUUUAUUUGAAA